AUGUUUGGCUCAUCUCCAGUCACCAUCGUGAUCACGUCCGAAGCUGACACCUGGGACAUCGACGCCUCCUCUUGUCUGGGCUGUGGACAGUUCGUGGAUUGGGACAGGAUGCCAGACCCGGAGCAACAGGCACAUAUCCCCCGAGACAUCCUCAGUAAGCCCCCGAAGGAGCUGAAGAAGCUGGCAAGAGAAGGCUACUGGGCAGCGAGCCGCGCUCUCAGAGCUCAGGUCUACCACCAGCUCAUCCAGCAGGUUGCCUGCCGGCUCGUCACCCCAGAUGCCCUUGUCUACAGGGAUGUGGCCAGUCGGCUCUUUGGGAAGCCAAGUGUGAGCUCCCACCCUUUGCCUGAGUUCCUGGAAGGAUGUUCCAUGCCCACAUACUGCCUCAACCUGGAAGGGGUCACCGCCUUGAAGAAGAUCCUCAUCUGUGUCGGCAACCUUUUUCCCGACAUAACCUACAGCCCAAUCCUCCCCUCUCUGGUGGCUCUGCUGCUGCACUACAGUGAAGACGAAGCUCAGUGCUUUGAGAACAUCUCUCGCCUCAUCGCCAGCAAUGCUCCCCACACCAGCUACAUUGACCAGUCCUUCCUGGCCCACCAAGCCUCCUGCAUGACUUUUGGGGAUCUGGCCAACAAGCACUGCCCAGCAGCUCACAAACUCAUAGCCAGCACCUCUGAGAACGUCUUUGAGGUCUACUCUGAAUGGUUGUCAUGGCUCUUUCAUGAUCUCCCCUUCAAUUACGCCAUCCGUGUCUUUGAUGUCUACCUGCUGGAGGGGCAGAAGGUCCUCUACCGCAUUGCUCUGGCCUUGCUGAAGCAGUACAGGCUCUCAGUGACCACUGCCGAGCUGGAGGGGACCGACAUCAAGGCAGACCUGCAGGCUUUUGUGCAGAACAUUGCUGAGCACGUGACUGUUGACAAACUCCUAGAGAGAGCCUUUGGCAUCCGGCUGUUCUCCCGCAAGGAAAUCUGGCUUCUCCAGAUGGCCAACAGGAAGGCGUUAAUGGAGAGGGGCAUAACCAUGGUGCAGAGAAGGCAGUCCUUCCACCUGGCUGUGGACAUGCAGAACUUCAGCUCCAGCAUUGUAACGGCUCAGGAGAUGCGCAUCAUCUGGUCCUGGAUCCCUGAGCGCUUCUCCCUCUUCCCCCCGCUGCUGCUCUUCUCCACCUCAGAAGAUGGGUGCAGCCUGCAGAGGUUUUACACAUGCUGUGAAGGCUACGAACCGACGGUGCUGCUCAUAAAAACCACAGAGGGGGAGGUGUGCGGGGCAUUUCUCUCCUCUGACUGGAGUGAAAGGAAAAAGAGUGGGGCAACAUCAGGCUUUUUUGGGACAGGGGAGUGCUUUGUGUUCACUGUGCGUCCUGAGACAGAGAGGUAUGAGUGGGUGUUCAUCAAGAAGCCAGAGCUGGCCAAAGCUGUGCCACGCUCACGCCAGCGGUCGCCUUCCCCCUCUCCUGCAUCCCUCCUCGGCUCCUCCCUGGAGAGCUGCAGCACCAGCUCGAACCGUCUUACUGUGCCCACGCCACAGAGGAAAGGCCGUCUCUCCCCAUUUCUGGCCAUCAGGCAUUUCCUUCUGCCUUCCAAAACAGCUUCCAUGUUCAUGUCCGGGUCACAGGAAGGGAUCGUUAUUGGUGGAGGGGGAGGCCAAGCUCUGUCCCUCGACACCAACCUGCUCUGGGGGCACACAGAGCACUGUGAGACCUUCGACAACCCUCCACUCUGCCAGGAGAACUUCAAGGUGCAGCUCUUGGAAGUGUGGGGCUUUCAAAAUGCCUAGGUCCUGUGGGAAACAGCCCCUCACCGCACCGCACAGAGACGGGGACUGCUUGCCAUUCUGGCCACCAGCCCAGCUGCCAGCUGUGGUCUCUGCCAGCAGCACCACAGGCACCUCCUCUCACCAUCCUCCCCUCCACAGCCAGCCCUCAUGGUGGUGUGGAGAGAGGGCAACACGGUGCCAGGAGGGCGCUGCCUUCGGGGACAUUUCAGGUCCCUUCCAACAGUUUGGACCCAGCCCACUCCACCCAGUCUGUCCCGGUUUAGGAUGCUGGAGGGGAGGUGAACCGGUCUAGUUUCUUACACUUCCCUGGCUUGUUUGCAGCUUGGGGCUCAACAGCAAACCAGUGGUACUGCAGCACAGGCAGAUUAUACAGGAAUUCUAAGCCUAGGCAAAACCCAACACCAAGGCACAAAGCUGACCAGAAACACUCUCAGACCCCACUUCGCUGGGGUCCCAAGCCCAGUGCCACCCUUCAAGCCAUAUGCAGAAUUUUGUAGCCUCUGCAGGUUAUCAAGACUCCCCUGGGAUCACAGACCGAUCACCAUCCAGCACAGUGCAAGAGACUCUUUUUGUCCGCAGUUGAAACUGCUGAUCAGUGAUUAACAAAGUCCUGCCUGGUGCUUACACACUGGCAGCCAGCAAGAACCCCCAGCUGUGCACCUGCCUCAUCAUUUUUGUAUUAAACUGAGGAGCUAUAUUCACUGCAAAGGGCUGACCUAAGACUGCGAGCAGUGAAAACAUAUGAGCCUUAACCAGUGGGCCCUGACUCCCUGGGGUCAGGACAAUGGGAGAUGUGCCAUUUUAAAACAUGAAACGUGAAUGUAGUUCAGUCAGACAAGGCAACCCUCGCAGGAGGCUUGUAGACCAUAGAGAUAUUCUGGCUGCAGGAUGAGAACAUCUCCCACAUCCAAAUAUACUUUCCACUUGUGGUUUUAUCACUCAUAUAUUCCACUUCUUGAGCUAUUCAGAGCAGGAGCUAUCGUUGCCUUGGUGCCUGCUUCCAGUGAUGGCAAGAUGACUCGGGCAGGAGCAGAUGAUGACAACAAGCUCAGACAAAACCAGCCAUGUGGCAGACCUAGGAGUUACUUAGAGCCUUCAAAGGGUAUCCAUGUAAGAUGAGGAGGUGAGAUGCAGCCUUCCGUGCCCCUGUGCCUGGCCUUUGCCCACAGAGCUCAAGUGAAAAAACCCCACAGAAUUACUCUUUCCCUUCAGUUUAAAAGGUCUGCUUGGGUGUCCUCAGUAUGUAUUUCUUUCUGUGAUCAUGUCCUGGACUUUCUCCCUGGCUGAAAGCUUCCCAUGGGAUUCCCUCUCCCUUCCCAAGUGGCUGUUUCACCUCUCCACCCAGAGAUGUACAGGAUGCAGGAGACGCUUGGAAAUGCACAGCCCGUCAUUAGCAGCCCAGCCUGACCUCGCAGCAGCCUUCAGAGCAUCUCCUUGCAAAGAGCAAGCGCGCCCCACGUACUGCACUGAGGCACCGGAGGCUGGGUACGCGCGGUGCGGGUGCUGCUGACACGGUGGCUGGGCCCGUGAGCGCCUUCAGGCCAUCGGUGCUGGGUACCGGCACGUAGUGAGCACCUUUGGGGCACGUAGUGAGCACCUUUGGGGCACGUAGCGAGCGCCUUUGGGGCACAUAGCGAGAGCCUUUGGGGCACAUAGCGAGCAUCUUUGGGGCACGUAGUGAGCGCCUUUGGGGCAUGUAGCGAGCAUCUUUGGGGCACGUAGUGAGCAUCUUUGGGGCACGUAGCGAGCGCCUUUGGGGCACGUAGCAAGCAUCUUUGGGGCACAUAGUGAGCGCCUUUGGGGCACGUAGUGAGCAUCUUUGGGGCACGUAGCGAGAGCCUUUGGGGCACGUAGCGAGCAUCUUUGGGGCAUGUAGCGAGCGCCUUUGGGGCACGUAGCGAGCGCCUUUGGGGCACGUAGCGAGCAUCUUUGGGGCACGUAGCGAGCGCCUUUGGGGCAUGUAGCAAGUAUCUUUGGGCUGUCAGCACUAGGCACCAGCACGUAGUGAGCACCUUUGGGGCGCAUAGCGAGUGCCUUUGGGCCAUCGGUGCUGGGCACUGGCACUAUGCACCCGCCGCAGCCCAGCGCCACAGCCAACACCAGCUGCCGGCCAUGCUCCCUGCCUGCCCCGACAGGCA